UUCAUGUUCCACACAUUCUCUCCUUGCUUGCUUCUUCUGCACUGUGCAGCGAUCGCUCUCAUCACCAGACACCGGUCAAUAGGCAUGGCGUCCUCCAGGGCUCCUUGUUGGGUCGCGCUGCUCCUCUUCGUUGCUCUGGUUGCCACCGCCAAUGGCAGCGAGCUCUCCGCAGGUUACUACGAGAAGACGUGCCCCAACGUGCAGCACGUCGUGCGGUCAGUGAUGGCGAGCAGGGUCGCCGCCCAGCCGAGGAUGGCCCCCGCCGUCCUCCGCCUCUUCUUCCAUGACUGCUUCAUCAACGGAUGCGACGCUUCGGUCCUCCUGGACGCAACUCCUUCCUCCCCCGGCGAGAAGGAUGCGGAGCCGAACGCCUCCCUAACCGGCUACACCGUCAUCCACGACAUCAAGUCCGCGCUCGAGCACGACUGCCCGGCCACCGUCUCCUGCGCCGACGUCAUCGCCCUUGCGUCCCGCGACGCCGUCGCCCUGCUCGGAGGUCCCACCUGGAGCGUGCCCCUCGGCCGCAAGGACUCACGCUUCGCCGCCGACCCGGAGUCCACCAAGAAGGGCCUCCCCAGUCCCAAAGACGACCUCGGCGAGCUCGUCACCAUGUUCGCGGAGCUCAACCUCGAUGCUCGUGACAUGACGGCGCUCUCCGGUGCCCACACCGUCGGGAUGGCCAGCUGCGACACCUACAGGGACCGUGUCUACGGCCCUAAUGGCGACAUCGACCCCUUCUUCGCACAGACCACGAGGCAGACGUGCCAGGGUACUUCUGGUAAGGCGCCGUUCGACGUGCAGACACCGAUGAGGUUCGACAACGCCUACUACAGGAACCUUAUCGCGCGGCGCGGUCUCCUUACCUCAGACCAGACUCUCUACGGCGGUGGAGGUCUGCAGGACAAUCUUGUGGAGAUGUACAGCGCCGACGGUGAGGCGUUCGCGAGGGACUUUGCCAAGGCCAUGGUGAAGAUGGGAAACAUACCUCCGCCAAAGGGAAUGCCCGUGGAGGUGAGGCUGAGGUGCUCCAUGGCCAACUACUGAUUGCUUGAUUCCAAGUGCAUGCAACCCAGCUCGAUUGUAUCGGAUUCAAUUAUUAUUUUGAAAUGUACAAUUUGUAACUAGUAUCCGUGCUAAUUUUUUUG